AUGUCUCCCAGUUUGCUGUCGAUCACCAAGCUGUCGAUGGCUGUCGUCUCCGGCCCUUUGCGUGCGGACCGGCGUGGCGACAGCGACUUGUCGGCGUUAGCAUCUUAUGUGUGGACCAGCGUGACGACAGCAUGGGAAUCGAGCAGCAUUUCCACCAGAGAUUUCGGUGGUGUCAGGCAGCGUGCAAUGGUAGUGACAUCGGUCAGUGUCAGGCGGCGGGUGGGCAAGUUGAUUCCUCCAAUCGAGGAAAGUCACCACUUUUAUAUCAUCAUGGAACUUAGUCCUCGUGGAACGGCACGCAUUAGCGAGAUAUUUGAGCAUUUGACUCUGUUUGACCGCGUGAAAUCUCGGGAAAAUGCGUCUCCGGAAGAUGAAGUGAAGAAUAUCAUACGCAUUUUGGCAUCGUUUGCUCAGUAUUUGCACUUUCACCCAAACAAUGUCAAACUAGAGAAUAUCCUGUUUGAGAUGUUGGAUAACGGCGGACAGCUCAAACUUUGCAAUUAUGGGCUGCUCUAUCACUAUAACGGUGGGCUUGAAAUCGACGCCUGGAUGGGUCUUUUUGGCGCAAACGUUUACAGCACGAGAAAGUCGACCCUGGAAGCAGCGACGAAGAAGACGUUGGUGGCAUCCAGUAUCGCAACCGACAAGGCGGGCUAUUCGCAACGCGGAACGAACGCAACGCAGAAAUCGAAUACGAGAUCGAAAAGCUAUAUGCUAAGAGAUGGAUCAACGACUCCACCUUCUAUCUGGUACAAUGGAUACAAGACCUCAUUCCUCUGGCACCGUUCGAUUGGAAUUCAAGCGCUCCAGUCGACUCAUCCACUGCCGCCCAGUCCAAGUUACAAGAUGAAGAUGUCAAUUACUGCGAUCGUUGUGCACUUGUCUAUUUGGUGUCGUUCGUGUCAGCCGACCAUAGUUCCCGUGGUCGACGAUGGGACCUCGGACGAGUUCAAUGUGGCCAACCGCAGCUUCCGAGCUGGAGAUGAUCAUAUCUGGACUCCUCUGGAGAAACCCGACGGUGUCAAUGGAGCUCUGGAGCUUUAUUCGCACAAUAUGACGCCUACCAAGUGCGAUGACGACGGAACCUGCUGCUUCUUCAUCAAAACUGUCGAUGAGGUCAAUUCUAGCCAUGUAUACAACAUGUAUACUCACCUCCCAAGCUUCACAGACGUCAACUUUUUCUACCGAGCUUAUUACGGGAAGGAACGUGGUCACAAAUCCUGGUAUCAAGGGUUACGCUACGCUGCCAACAACUAUUGCAAGCAGAACGCAGAGGAGAAACAAGACUACGCCACAUUUGCAGCGUCAGUGAAAGCUGGUAUUACCGAGAACACUUGUGCUGUGGAUACAUGUCCAGCUUCAGGCGAUGUGAAUGCUGAAUUGAGUCUGAUUGUCGGCAAAGGGAAAGAUCACUGGGGAAUUAACUCGAACGGCACGUGUUAUCCGCUGAUCAACUCGUACAUGGGCUCGUACUUGUGUGAUCCUGACAAUAUGUUCUCCAAGUGUGCCAGUCCUCGCAAUGAGUCCACUACACCCAAGUCCAAUGCGAUUAGUGCAUUUAACUAUCAGAUUGAUGCAAUCUCGUCGAAAUUGGCCUAUAUUUCGGCGCGUACACGGGUUUCUACGACUACCAAGUGGAGUGGGUUACAGGCAAGAAUGGAUAUUUCUUGGUGUGCGACGCCGCCCAACCCAGGCAAGGAAUGUCGUGGUGAUGGAAAAGAUCCUGUGACGAACGUUAUCUGCGACUCGUUCCCGAUGUACAUGAAGAUCGACCACAUCCGUCUGUAUCAGGACUUGGCGACGGAUCUCGAAGCUGAUAAUUACAUGCAAGUUGGUUGUGAUCCAGCGAGUCAUCCGACUCAAGAAUGGAUUGAAGCCCACAUCGACGAGUACGAAGAUAAUGAUAAUAAGUGGGAGGAAGUGGCUGGCAAGGCGUUCUGCGAGACCAGCGACGACUGCACGAUUGGUGGCACUUUGAGUCGAACGGCUCUAAAGACCGGGAAAUUGUUCAAGUAGCGUUGCGAAUGUAUGUAUCAUUCGUGGGGUGGACCACGAUGCACCACCGCCAUCUCUGGCUCCAGUUCUACGGAAACUAGUUUGAAGAGCAGGACGUAUAGCCCACCGAUGGAAGCGUCGAUUGCUCUCGCUGUUGUGGCCUGUUUGCUGUCUUUAACGUCCGUAUCGUAAUGGACUCCGAUCAAGGCACGAACUCUGGUUUACGGGGUUCUGAGAAACAUGAUGGCUGCUACCAGUAACAGCAUCUACGUCACAAGGAGCAACAUUUUUCUUGUCACCGAAUGAUCGUAUUCAACUCGCACAAAUUAUUAAGGACAUAAUUGCUAUGAGUACGGAAGCUAACUCAACCAGUCCCAUGACGACCGAGCACAUUUUCGGACUUCUAUAGA